AAUCUGGCAACACACAGGCCCAGAUGGUGUGGAAUCCUCACAGCUGCAGUCUUAUCUCGUGUAAACAGAGCAAAGCAGAAACUCCUCUGAGUUUAAUUCAUUUAUGAUUUAUUUCUAUAGGACAGAGUCACAGCAACACUCGAGCCCAACAAUAAAACAAUCAAAGCACAGGAAGGACAAACUGGGCUUUAACAGGAAGAAACCUUCUGCUCAAUCAGGCUCAGGGAGGCGUCGUGUCUGAUGCCAUCAAUAAGGGCUGAAGAGAAACGUAAAGCACAGGAGUCAGGACGUGAAAGGCUCACAGCUUGUGAAACCUCUGGCAGGUUAAUGAUUAAACUAGUUCUGUUUAUUGCAAAUCACAGAGAGGCUGCAGUUUUCAGCUUUCUGGUAGUUCGAAGUGAAAAACAAUGCAGCGUGUGUGUGUGUCGGACUUUGAGGAGGAAGCCAGGAAAACUCUUCCUAAAGCUGUGUAUGACUACUACCGCUCAGGAGCUGAUGAGCAAAAGACACUGGCUGACAAUGUGGCCGCCUUCAACAGGUGGUAUCUGGUUCCUCGAGUGCUGAGGGACGUGUCUACAGUGGAUCUGUCUGUCUCAGUGCUGGGGGAGGAGCUCAGCAUGCCGCUCUGCGUCGCUGCCACAGCAAUGCAGAGGAUGGCUCAUCCUGAAGGAGAGACAGCCACAGCAAAAGCAUGCAAAGCAAUGGGAACUGGGAUGAUGCUGAGUUCCUGGGCCACCUCAACAAUAGAGGAAGUGAUGUCAGCAAUGAGUACCUCACUGGGCAGUGGUGGUGUCCUCUGGCUGCAGCUCUACAUCUAUAAAGACAGAGAGCUCACGCUGUCGUUGGUGCGCCGGGCCGAGAAGGCGGGCUAUAAAGCCAUCUUUGUUACCGUGGAUACACCAUACCUAGGGAAGAGAUUGGAUGAUGUGCGCAACCGCUUUAAGAUGCCCCCACACCUGAGCAUGGCUAACUUCUCAACAGCCUCCCUGGCUUUCUCCGAGGGAGACUACGGCAAUGACAGUGGCCUGGCUGUUUAUGUUGCAAACGCCAUAGACCCUUCUAUCUGUUGGGAUGACAUCACGUGGCUGAAAAAACACACACGCCUCCCUGUGAUUGUAAAAGGAGUAUUAAAUGGUGAGGAUGCUGCCAAGGCUGUGAACUGUGGUGUCAGUGGCAUCCUGGUGUCCAAUCACUAGAUGCCUUGGAGGAGGUGGUGAGGGCAGUGCAGGGUCGAUGUGAAGUCUACAUGGAUGGAGGAGUGAGACGCGGGACAGACGUCCUAAAGGCCUUAGCUCUGGGAGCAAAGGCUGUUUUCAUUGGUCGACCUGUGCUGUGGGGCCUUGCCUGCCAGGGGGAACAAGGAGUUAUUGAGCUUCUGGAGCUUCUGAAAGAUGAACUGCGACUGGCUAUGGCCCUGUCAGGUUGUCGUUCAGUUUCUGAAGUAAGCAGGUCCCUGGUCAGGAGAAUGGACUUCACCUCGAGGAUGUGAGAGAACCGAAGAAUACACGAAUCAUUUUUUUAUGAAUCACUAAAUGAAUUCUUGAUGUCAAAACAAAACGCUGUUUCCUGUUAAAAGGUAAUGUUUUUAAAGUGGUGCUUUUGACUAGAGUGUGUAAAAACUGAUACAAAAUACAGGGCCGUAAAUCUUUGGACAUACAGUCUCCCACAAGACGAGCCCUGGAGCUGAUUGUGAGUAAUGAACUUGUAUUUGGUAUCUUUUAACUGAAACGCUCAAUAUUGAGAUUAAAUCUAACUGUGAAUUGUUAAUAUAAAUAUGUUGUUUAAUUGAGAAAAACACAUUCGAAUCACAUCACAUCUAGCCCGUCAAAAACACUUAAGGAUGAAGUUGUUUCGUUAGCAAAGUUGAAAAUCAAGAGUUUUUAUUUAGUUUUGACUUCAGAUUUUCAAUUUUAUAUCAGGUUUAAUUAGUUUUUACCAGUUGUUUGCUAGUUUAGUUUUUAUUUUUUUGAAAAUCCUUAGUUUCAGUUUAGUUUUGAUUAGUUUCAGUUAUAGUUUUAGUUGUUUGCAAUAAUUAAGUGUAACAAAAUCCCAGUUUCAUCAUAUCAGUCAUUCUCUUCUGCUUAUCCUUGGGUAUGUUGCUAUUCCAGCUACCAUACCCUGCACCCUGCACAGGUCGCCUGUCUGUCGCAGGGCUAACACGCAGAGACAGACAACUCACAUUCCCACCUAUGGGUUCUUUAAAAAAUAAAAAAUGAGGGCAGAUGAACAACCAUUGAUAGCAGGCAACUGUAAAAGAUAUAUCUUGGCCCCAAUGAGACUAUUAACUCUUGCAGCACCGGAUGCAUUGCUAAACUUUUUGAAGGCAACUGACUCACACAGUUGUGUAGAUAUCCCAGUCUCAAUAAACAUAUUCACCAA